AAUUUGGCAUUGGAAUCUGCCCUCGGUCCAACUCUUUCUUUGGUUUUUCCCACAUGGGCCUCAUUAACGGCGUUGGGUAGAUCGCAGCCCUUGUAGGGUAAGUAGUUGCGACGGUGUUUUUGGCUGCAUUCAUUGCCAAUCAACAUGAGUAAAUGAGCUGUAGUCGGAGCUGUUUUUAGUCUCUUUUUGUGUUUACUGGUUCAAAGUCCUGCAACUCAGUUCAUGACCAGUGUUGUGUGGGAAAAAAAAACAAAGGGAGUAUUUCUUCGUCGGAGUAGCUGGUUUGUUCUUCCCGCUGCGUAACUUCGGCAGCCAUUCACCGUUACUGCGACUGUUGCAGAAGAUCCUUCAGUGAUGGAGAGAGAGAGAGAGAAGGAGAUAGAGAAACCUUUUUCGUGUGGGUUGUGUGGAAUUUCCAUACGUUAGGGUCAAAGUGGAUUCCCUGAAAACAUCUGCCGCCUCUCGCAUAGUUCGUCCUCUCGUCAACAGAGAUGUCCCUCGGUUGUGUACUUUUGCGGCUUCUGCAAGUCAAGGCCAACAGUCCGACGGUGUAGUCCAAGUGGCAGGGGAACGAAAGCCCUUUGUCGCAUCGCAGUGGGUUGAAUUAAUAUCAGCAUUUCCUCCCUUUGUCGUCGAGGAAAGCAUUUCGCUUGGAUGUGGACUUCAUGUAAUUCAUGGAAGCAAAGGAAAACUCGAGCGCGAGGGGGGUAGAGUUCGUAGGGUGCUAACUAGACUGUCUGACACGCGAUUGUGGCAACCAUGAAGAGCUACGGAGACUGGCAUGGCUGCCCAUGAAAAUAGCUCCUUUUGGUACAACACUGGUACUCAACCUUGAAUGAGAGAAUGACAAUUCUGGAAGCUUAGGAUAGGGAUUACCUCCACGAAAACACAGGCGCAGGUGCACUCACUGCUUCUUACAAGGAGACGAAAAUACCGUAGGUGUUGUCUCUCAAGGCGGCGCUGGCUUUCUUCUACUGAGAGGAUUCUGACAAUUCACAAUCUUUUCCUUUAUCAAACUCUUAUCGAUUGGGGGUGGACUUGCCGGGAGAGACGAAGUGGUUUUGAAAGUUGUCGAAGCCAUGCGAGCUGAAUCUGUUGUGGAGUUGGGAGGCGGACAGUUGAGUGCCGAAAUGUUGCAGCUGGUGCCUAGACUGACAUGGUGUUCUCAGCCGGGAGUUGGUGCAAUCGAUGCAGAAACUCUUCUAUUGACAAUGUCAAGUUUUUGAAGCAAACGUGAUAUUUGGUUUCCUCCAUUUUGUAAUCCUAGCCCCAUCGUAGACUUUGUAGUGAAGUUCAUAUCAGCAUUUGUAGCAUAGAUUUCGUGAAGGCGAGAUCUUCAUCAAACUUGUGAGCGACAUUCAGCGGGGGGGGGUUUGGCAGUCCAUACACAUGCAUUACUUCCGAUUUGAGGUUCAAGGCAACCGAUUGGAUGAUACACAAUGCCUGAUGUGUCAAUGGUGCAGCAGGGACUCAAUUAUCCGGCAACUCCUGAAUGGCCACUGUACGAGAAAACCUCUUUCCUCCCUCUACUUGACAAUGUAGCCAUGACUUCUCAAUCUCUUGCUGGCACAUCAACCCCGCCUUUCGGCAUCACCCGUCUGAGUAGAUCGCAAUCGCAAGUACUUCAGUUCUUGGACAGUGGCACAGUGUUUGACCCUCCAUCCACCCCUUCUCAUGAGAGAGCUCCUCUACUGGACCUUCAUCCAACGAAGCUCAACAGUCCCUCCCCGAUAAAUACACCGGUGAUGCACCCGAAUUUGGUGUGCACUCUCAAAUCCAUUUUGUCUCCCAAGCUAGAAUUUAACGGCCAAACGACUUCAGGAGACUGUGGGUUCACGCAAUAUUCUGGCUAUUCUCAAGUGAUAGAGAUGGCUGAGUUGCAAGGGUCUGAGCACGGAAACUCACUCGGAGCCGAUUACCCCGGGAAAUCCUCACCCGAAAUCACCUUCCGGCCCAGUAACAACAACAACCUCAAGCAGAUGCCGGACAAUGCCAACUUUCUGCAGCAGAAAGCAAUUUUGGUUCCAGUGGACUUGAUACAGAACCGGCGUCCCUACCAAUGCGCAUUCGCAGGCUGUCAGAAGACAUUCAAAAAUCCUCAGACGAUGAGAAUGCACCACAAGACGCACUUCAGCGACGCCGCGGCAGCGCAGCUAGGAGCUGAGGCAGUUCUCACCGCCACCGCGCCUCUCAAAGCAGGGCACAACAAGAAGAUCCCCUCCCGGUGCCCCACCUGCUAUAAAACCUUUGUGGGGCUUUACGAGCUCCGGCGCCACUUCGGACGAAAGCACUCGGAGGGAGAGAAGAGCCAUGCUUGUCGAAAGUGUGGGAAACGGUUCCACAUCGAGGUGGAUGUGCGGGACCAUGAGAAGCUAUGUGGAGAGCCCAUCGUGUGCUCCUGCGGCAUGAAAUUUGCUUUCAAGUGCAACUUGGUUGCUCACAGGAGAAGCCACCCCAAGUGUCAAGACCGACCAGUCGCGGCGGAGACUGAGAAAAGGCUGGCUCGAAAACCUCUCAACUCUGAAGAGAGUACAAGGGGGUUGUCAGAUAUGCCUGUGCAGAAUUUUUCAGUCGUGACGAGAAUCGCUGCUGAGAUGGCGUCUGCGAGGCCUCAAUUACCACAGUCAGUUCCGCCGAUUCCUCUGUUGGAUUCUGCUUCUGCUUCGUCCCUCUUUUCCUCGACCACCUCUUCCCCUAGCACAAGUGCCUUAGUUGCAGAAACCUUGCCCGAUUUUGACACCAGUAGCUCAAACUUAGAGUUCCAAUAUUCCCCCCUUUCCUCCGCAUUCCUACAAGCUGAUUCGUACAUAAAAUUCCCGUCUGAUCACUACUUGCUGGCUGCCUCGCCCAAAUCCAGUGUUUACCAGGUGCUUCAAAGGCCCAGUAACUGAUAACCCUUCAAACAGGGCAUAGACUCCGUGCAAUCCUGCUUUUCCAUUGAAUCCCCGUCUGCAAUGCCUGAAUUCCUUUCUUCCUUUCGAUGAUGAAGAUGAACCCACGACAUGUUUGUGAGAUCGUUCAAAGAGAUCACGAUUGGCUCCCCAAUCUAGCACACACUGGCAGAAUCAGAGUCUCAUGCGUUUGAUGUGUGUACACAGGAUUGGAUCAGAAAAUGGAUAUUCCCCAUUCCGACUGAUCAAGGUGCCGUACGUUGGUACUUCUGUACAGAGUUCUUCGUAUUUCCGACCAUGCAUAGAUGUGUUGAUGGCGUGAUAUAUCUACAAGCAGUUCUGAACCACCACAGGAAACGCUUUUGAUAUUGCGCUGCAAAUAUCGGCGUUGCCGAAGGAUUUGUGCCUCAUCUCCAACAGCUCAGACCCAGUUUUCAGGGAUUGGAUCGUCGACACUGCUGGAUCGUCUCUAAGCAAGCUGCACUGCAGACAUCACACACACAAAAUCCACACAGAAAUACAUAUGCUUCUGUUCCAUAUCUUAAAGUGAUGCAUUUAACCACUUAAUCCAUUUGUGGAAUGCUGUGACAUGGAACGUUUCCUGUAGAAUUAUUCUAUACACAUUGGCAAUACCAAUUAAAAGUUGCAAACUGCAUGCUCCAGUACAUGGAGAUUGCACCAACAUUUGUGAAUGAAAGUUGGGUUUCUUA